AUGUUCAUUCGUCUCUUGUCUGCUAUUAUUCUAUUCAAUGCUUCAGCACAUGCUUAUGGCAUGAUUGCCCAAGUUGUUGAUUCUCAAAACUUUUGUGUAUUCCUGCCCCCUGAGGAUGCCACUGACCGUAUCAUUUCAGAUUCUGAAUGGAAUGCCAAUGCUUUCUGUAUGGGCAAUACACCUCUUGCUACCAAUGCUGGCAAGCUUCCUGAUGGCUUUAUUACCUCUGCUCAUUAUGUUAAGACAGAUGCUUAUGUUCAAGUGACAGGCAUGAUGGAUUAUACCAAGGCUAAUCUGGUAGGCACAGAUGAAGGUGGUCAAAUGGACAUCAAGGCUCCUACUGGAUCUUCUUGUGCUGGCUGGGAUUACUAUGUGAAUUUGAUUGAACCUAUUUCGAACACUUACUGUAUGCGUUGUUGUAAUGACACUACCAAUUGUAAUCGUGGUAUUUCCGAAAAAGGAUGUGCAUAUAUCAUUCCUGGUGAUUAUAGUGGUCCUAAUAGUAGUAGUAACAGUACCACUGUCGCUCCUAGUGCUACUACCACCGCUGCUUCUAGUAGUACUACAACAACAGACACGGUCUCUUCUUCUUCUUCUUCUUUUAGUAUGACUACCAUCACAAGUUCUUCUGCUAUGACCAUAAGUACAUCAAGCCCUGCUCCUUCUUCUUCUACCACUAUCACCAGUAGUAGUAGUAGUAGUAGCAGUAGUUCCCCUCUUGCCUCUAAUUCAGCCAGUGCUUCUUCCGAUGGAACACUGACUGAACAAUCAUCUAAUGCUGCUUAUGCUAUGAAGCCUAUGACUGUGGCUAUGGGUGCAAGUAUCUUGAUCUCUACUGUUGCUAUGCUCUCUUAAUAUUUAAUUUAAUUUUUCUUCUAUACCAUUGAUUCAUUGUUCAAGCUCUUGUGUUUACACAAAUAUAUUGAAAAGAAUAUUUGG